AUGCGCGCCCGCGUCGAGAUCGCUGCGCGCCCCGGCGCCGUGCCGCCCUACGUAACGCGCUCGCACGUUACACUUACAAACAUUUGGCGGUCGUUGAGCAUUGUCGCGGUGGUGGUGGUGGUGGCGGCCUAUCGCAAUCCUAUCGCAAGUCGCUUGCCGUUGAUUAAUCGCAACAAUCGAAUGUUCCGCAAAGUGCACGCGAAGUGCUCGCGACCGGCCUUGGCCCGCCGCUGCCACUUCGGC